CUACGGAGUCGGACUAUGGGGAGCAGUGAAGGUUACUUUGGCUCAGAGGAGAGGACCCCGACGCCUAUACCCGUCGUGGUUGAAGAGGAAGAGAAAGAGGAGGAAGGUCUUUCGGAUGAGCAGAACGAUGAACCUAUGAGUGAAGAGGAAGAUGGGGAUCAUAGUGAGGAUGAUACCAGUGAGGAUGAGGAAGAUUCGGUUGGCUAUAUUUCCGAUUAUGAGGCGGACGAUGGGGAUACCCAGUAUAGCGAUGAGGGCGAGUACGAGGACGACGAGUAUGAUCCCGAAGACAUCGAGAACGAGGGCGAUGCUUUCCCGGGGAUCACCGACGAAGAAAACAAAAAACGGAUCGAAGAUCUUUCGAGGAUGGUGGCGGAGGCGACAGAAGCAGCCCGUUGGGCAGAGUUCGGCCCCGACGGACCCUUUGAGGAUACUUAUUAUCCUGUCAACAUGCCAGGUCACCAACCCGGGCUUGCCUUGAUGGAGGCACAGUUAAAGGCGUUUCAGCCCGAUCAUCUGGAGUUGCCGCUGCCACUAAUGAGGACUCCAUCGGAGCAAGAGUCACAACCCCAGAACAGUAUUGCGUUGUGUGGACUCAGCGUAGCUGCUGGGGCUGUGGCAAGGUUUGUGAGUAGGGGGAGUGUGCAAGCAUGGAGAAGCUCCUUAUCCCUAGGGACGGUCGCAAACAAAGCUUUCGUGAGACUCUUGAGGAAGCUGAAGAAGAGUAUAACCCUGCGCAAACGUCAUGUUUCUGGCUCUUCGGCUGUUGGAGUAGCUGACGAGCCAGAAGUCAAGCGAAGGAGAACCAGUAAAUCUGAGAGUGUGGAGUCUGCACCAAGUAAAGCAGGGCAAGCCAGAAGGCCUCCUGCUGAGUACAACAGUACUCCUCCUACCCAAGACAAUUCAAUCGAGGGAGAGCGACGCGGACUGGUCUUUGACCUGAAAUUAGCCAACCAGCAGCUUCGUGAGCAAGAAGCCCGAGAAGGUAGUACCGGGCACACAAUAUCAGCGGAACACGGAGGGUACCUGGCUUUGAGGACGCGAAGCUUUGCCGUUCAGGUUGACCUAGAGACACCGCCAUUGCUGGAAUCUCACCCUCGCCGACGCUUGACGGAGCCACUUAGCACGUCACAACCAAAGACGAGGACAGUCUCGGCCAGGCAAGAGCAAUGGAACCGCGCUCAGCAUUUUAACCUCCGCGUCCCGAAGCACGCCAAGGGCAGCGCUAUGUGUCCGGCAAGUACGCUUCAUUCUACAGGGAGCAGAGGGGUGUGUCCGUAUCAUGGGAGGCAUACAGAGCCUUCGCCGGACUUGGUUGAGCCUGAUACCCUCGCAGAAUAUGGGCACGGUUCUGAAGAAUCUCGAGUCCCAUCGGAUUCGCAGGCGGUGAACCGUACAAUCGCUCGCAGUGAAUUUGACCCAGACCGGGCUUGAUAUGUGAAGAUGGGUACCACAAAAGAAAGAAAUCAUAUGUCAGGGAGUCGGUGGAAUAAUUGGCGAGUACACUUGGACCAGCAUGUGUAGUGGUUCGAGUAUACGUUUGCGGAUGCACAUGUAUGUUGGGGUCAAAUGAAGUUUCUGUGUACAGAGAUGCGCAGCUAGGUUGGAUCCUGUGCUCUCAAAGUGAGUUCAUUGGAAGUUUGCUCGAUCUUCGAGCUCCAGCCUCCAGCACACAUGGAUGUCCCAGCAAGCCAGAGGUGUGCUGAGACCCACACAGUGUCGGAACCAUAGAAACCACACCUACCUUGCAUCGGACCCC